UCCUUAAAAAAAAAAAAAAGGAAUAAAAAAAGAUGGAACAGAACAUGAGAUAACACCACGAAGAGGUUUUAACAGAAAAGGCCCAUCCUGUGCUUCACAAAAGCCAUGCUGACAGCAACCUCAUCGUUCUAUCCUCUCCUGUCUAAGCCAUCUUCUCCUCACAUAAACCUUAUACCAUGUCCUGCUUUGGGAGAUCUCUUUUCUUUGAAGAAGCGAAUGGUACGGUGUUGUCACAACUUGAAUGAUGAUGGAAUGCAGAAUGGACAUGUAGUAUUAUGUCAUGAAGAGAAAUUGAGGCGUAGGUUCCUCCUCUUCUUUUCUUUCUCAUCAGGCUUGCUUUCAACUUUUCCUUCUUAUGGAAAGACAAAGAGCAAGAACCCGUAUGACGAAAGACGCUUGCUGGAACAAAACAAACGGAUCCAGAAAGAGAACAAUGUACCUGAAGACUUCCCAAGUUUUAUCAGAGAAGGUUUUGAGGUUAAGGUAGUAGCACCAGAGAAUUAUAUAAAACGUGACUCAGGGCUUAUAUACCGGGAUUUUGAAGUUGGUGAAGGUGAUUGCCCAAAGGAUGGCCAGCAGGUUACUUUCCACUAUGUUGGCUAUAAUGAGUCAGGUCGUCGCAUUGACAGCACCUACUUACAGGGUUCUCCUGCGAAAAUCCGCAUGGGCACUAAUGCAUUGAUUCCAGGAUUUGAGGAAGGAAUUCGAGACAUGAGACCUGGGGGGAAGAGGAGGAUAAUCGUUCCUCCAGAACUCGGGCCACCGGUUGGACCUUCCACUUUUUUCAGCUCAAAACAGUUCGAAGUUUUUGAUGUGGAACUUCUCAACGUUAAGGACUGUCAAAGGAGGACUAUAGGAUUUUACUCUGAUGUUGUGUGCAACUGACAGGCUUUUGUGAAGCCUUAAAAAGACAAUUUUGUUGGAACAUUAUCACACUAAAAGUAUGUCUUGCUGUGUGGAUUUUACCUUGUCUAAGAAAGACUAAAUUAGAAUUUAGCAUUCGAGUAUGUAGGAAGUUGUUUUCAUAUGAUGACCGUAGAGUUUCAACAAUUUUCAGGAAUAUCAUUAUUUACUAUUUCAUAA